AUGACGGUUUGUCGUUGGUCACCCCCGCUGUUGCCCAGCCCAUCCGAUUUGGACAUCCUGCGCAAUUUCAUCCACAAAAGCCUCCUGACGGGUACCCUGUUCAAGGUUGCGCUCCCAUCAUCAAUGUCUUUUAUAAAGAUCCUCAACAUCCCCUACUUCAAUCCUAAAGGGUUGAAGAUCACCCAGGAGGCGCUUGAAAAGGCCCUCUGCACCUCGGUUCACGCUGAGCAGGGAACCCAUGCCAAGAAGGCCCUUGGCCAACUGAUCUUCCUCGCUGGGCGGUCCUGCGCAAUCAGGCCUGCCGUGCGACACACCGGGGUCCUGCUAUGCCAGCGCUGCUGGAAGUGGGGCCACCCCACUGUUGCCUGCAAGGCAAAACAACUCUCUUGCCCCAUCUGUUCAGGUCCACACGAGCAGAAGGAGCACCGCCAACAUGCGGGAUGUUGCAAGGGCAACAUGAAAGGGAAACCCCCUGUGCCGCCCACCCCUCGCGACCAGCCCUGCCCCCAUAAGGGCCACUGUGUCAAUUGCCACAAGGACCACGCCGCCAACUCAGCAUCGUGUAAGUUCUGGGCCCAUUGCUACGACUGUGAGUGGAUCAUGGCUGAGUAUCGUCAGACUAAUGUUGGGAAACCUUCAGGAUCUAAGUAUAUGGAGGGUGAUGAGGUUAUCGGCGCACCAAAGCAUCCUGAUUGGCUGCAAAUGGUGCGCAUCAAGGAAGGGGAAGUUCCCUGCGUGAUCGCCUAUGUUUCGACUAGGCUAUCCCGCUAUCGUCCCGCUAUGCACCGCGACAUCGUCGACCAUUGCGACAUCCUCGUCCUCUCCCUCUUUAGCGGGGGUGAGGUUCUUAAUCUGAUGAAUGUCUACUCCGACGAUCAACACACAGCCAUCGAGCACCUCACUGCUCAUGUGCAUUCUCUACCACCUUUCAUCUAUAUGGCUGGUGACUUUAACUGCAUAUUGACGACUUGGGAUGACUAUGAGCAUGGCGAGUCGUCGACAGCAAUAUCUUUGCGGGACACCGCAUCUCAGAUCGGCCUCGAGUGGGCAUGA